UCUUCACUACACCCACAACUGCAAGCUCCAACUCAUAUAGCUUUUAUAAACCUUUCUGUAGAUCCCUUUCAGAGCACUGCUCCCGCGCCAACCCUACCCCAACUGGCGACUUCGCCGAAGGGAAGCCAGCGAUAUCCGGACUCAACUAACCAUCCACCAUGACAGAGCAAACACUCAACUUGCCGCAAGUCAUCGUCUUCCUACUCUUAACGGUUCUCGUCGUUCGAUGGUAUCUCGCAAAACCCAGUAGCACGCGGCCCCCGAGCCAGAAUCGUAGCGUCAGGGUGACUCCGGCUCAGAUCGACCAGAUAGCGCAGAUGUUCCCGCAACUGGGUCGGAGAGAGAUUGCGUGGGACUUGCAGAGAAACGGGGGAAAUGUGGCCGCUACGACAGAAAGGGUGCUUAGCGGACGGGCUCUUGAAGCGCCUCCGGCGUCAUUCAAUCCUCCAGCACCGAGAUCCAACCCCACCUCACGCACAGCGACCCCUCCUGUGAAGCCCGCCCAAUCCGACUUGAUCACGCGAUACAAUUUGGCCUCGAAGCUUGCGGCGGUCCCUGGGACCUCCACGUCAGAACCGACGUCCAAACAGAAGACAUGGUCACAGGAUAGGAACGAAAGGCAGGCAAACCUGCAGCGGCGGCGGGAGGAGAUGAUCUUGGCCGCUCGGAGGAAGAUGGAAGAGAAAGACAAGGCGAGGGCAUCAGGCGCAUCCUCCUGACAUAGCCGGUGUUCGCUCAUCUGUUUGAGAGUUCUGGGUAUGCUUUAUCGUACAAUCACAAGAGAUAAUACUACCGAUUGUACUAUGCAACGCGCUAUAGACUUCAUUCACCACGAUGCGAGUCUUUCCGGGUAUAUUCAAAGUCUCUCUUUGACUCUUCCCCGUGCAGGUCCGCCGUUGGCCGCUAGAGAGAUGUAUGAACGCACUUUGGACUCACCUAUUGCUUUUCGCAUUCCUGUUUUUCCGAUUUCAUCUUCUCCUUACCCAUAU